AUCGUUUAUUAUCCUUCUAUAUAAGCUACUCUGUUUUCCUACUCUCAGUAGCAGAUUAUUGAAUUUAGAGAGAGAUAAGAGAGAGUAAGGCGGUGAAAAUGGAGUCAUUGAGAGGAAUACGGAAGGCGAUCGCCAUCUACACGCCGUUGAUCUUGAUUGCGCUCAUCGGAGAAUUGGAUUCCCACGAAUUGCGGCCGUCGUACCACGGACUCGACUAUCAGAGCUCUGCAGCGGGGGCGGGACAAGAGUCGGCGUCGGGGAUGAGGUCGUUCUUCGGCGGAUCUUCUUCUCCGACGUCGACCUCCUCAAGCGUGGCGAUGCCGAAGGCCAUGAACUCCAACUCCACUAACAACGACAGGUCGUGGUGGGGCGGCGAUACUGCCCGUGGGAGAGAUCACGUGAGGGAGGUGCUGCUGGUGGCGACCGUAGCGUGCGGCAUAACAGGUGUCGUUUUGUUAGUGGUCUCCACUCUGAUUUGCGUGUUGAAAUCCCGACGACAAAGAUCACUGCCGGUGCCACCACCAACUUCGGCGGAGGCAUCAUCAUGUCAUGAUACUGAGAAUAAGUUGCAGAUAGUGGUUCGUGAUUCUUAAGAAUGAAGCAUUUUGCUUUCUUUUUCUUAAGAAUGAAGCAUUUUGCUUUCUUUUUCUUUGCUUUUUGUUAUCCAAUUCAGGUCAGAGGAAAAUAUUCCAAUUUUCCUUCGUAAUUCACAUAUUUUUCUCUUCUUUAA